CUGUUAACUUGCUCAUCACUCACUACGCGCCAAUCACCAAAACCCCAUUAGAAACUACAACAAUGGCGGCAAAAUUCUGUACUAAUCUACUCCUACAUUCUACCAAAAUUACACCUCCCUAAAUCAAAAUUAUCCUACAUUGAUCACAAUUUUUUGUCUCAUUUCCUAAUUUCUUGUCGCAAUUUGCAAUUUGCCAUUUUCUGACACAACUUUUUCACAUCUCAUCACAUCAUAAUCCCCACCAAUAAUUACCCAAAUUUUGUCAUCACUUUUCUGCCUUUUUCUCUCUACUUUUUGCACUUAAAAUCCGCCAUUAUUAUCACCCAUCUCAAUCUUUCAGCAUUAAGAAAAGCACAAUAUGGGUUGUUCUAUUUCGACUCCAUUAAUGCCGGAGAAAACACUCAAGAGGUUAACGUUAGGGCAGAAUUCCGACGCAAUUUCUAUCUGCAAAGCAAGAUUACACCUCAUUAAAGAUGCGGUGAAGUACAGGCAAGCUUUUGCUGAUGCUCAUUCCAAGUAUAUUCAUUCUCUCUCCUCUGUUUCAUCCGCCAUUGGCGUGUUUAUCACUUGCUACUCUUCUCCUCCGUCGAAUUUUAUCAUCGCUUUUGCGAACCUGGAGAAUCAGGAGGAAAAGAAAGAGGAGAGAGAUUGUGAGAUUUAUGAAGAUUUUGUGGAUGAUUUUGGGGUCAAUUGUGUUGAAAGUGAAUGUAAGUGGGAUUUCUUCAAUAUGAUUGGGGAUAUUGAGAAGAAAGUCAAAGAGGAAAGAGAAUUCAAGGAUAAACAGAUUAGGGUUUGUGAAGAGGAAAAACAGAGGAAAGAGAAUGGGAAGGAAUUAAUGGAAGCAUUAAAAGAUGUUGAGGUUCAAUUUUUUAGGGCUUUUCAGUCUGGUUUGGAGGUUUCUAAGAUGCUGGAAAUUGAUAAAUUUUCUUCUCAUCCAACUUUUCAUGAUAUUAAAGAAAAUGCUAGCAAGAAACAGUCUGUUUCAUCUCAAUAUUCUUUCAAGAGUUCUGCUUCUUUUAGCUCAACAAGCACUUCUUCAACAGAGGGAGAGAGUGGAUGUGAUCCCAAAAGUUCAAUAUCAUGUACUUCGGAUACUUCUUCAAUAUGGACUGAAAUCAAAAGUGAUCCCUACGAUUGUCACUCGGGAAUGGUAUCCGGUAGCCAUUCUUCUACUUUGGGGAGGUUGUGUGUUUGGGAGAAAAAACUCUCUCAUGAAAUCAAGGCUGGGCUGCAAACUCGGAAGAUUUAUAAGCAGCAAUGGUCAAAGUUGCGGCGGCAGAACAACGCAGAAGAAGAUGACUUGUGCCCAUCUAAAGUCUCGUCUGAAGCUAAUGAUCUGUACCAUGAGAUGUUGGUCGCUUUAAAACAUGCCGAGUUAAUCUCUAAACAAAUCGAGAGACUUCGAGAUGAAGAGCUCCAACCUCAACUUUUUGAACUUCUGCAAGGUUUGAUGAGAAAUUGGAAUUCAAUGUCGAAAACCCAUGAGAUUCAAAACGUGAUAAUGCGAGAAACAAACACGUUCAACUCUUUUGAACAAGGACAAUUUUGUAGUGGAUCUCAGCGCCAAGCUACCCGUCAGCUAGAAUCUGCAAUUCAUGCAUGGCACACUUGCUUCUCGGGCUAUAUUUCUGCACAAAAAUCAUAUGUCGAAUCUCUCCAUGGCUGGCUAUCAAAGUUCAUCGAUGCAGAAGCUAAAUAUAGCUAUAACAGCGGUUUUUCCUUCCCACCAACCAGAUUCAAUGGGCCAACACUGAUCGUCACUUGUCAGCGCUGGUCUAUUUAUCUCGAAAGAUUGCCUGAUAUAUCAUUGAAACGUGCCAUGAAAAGCUUGGAACAUAAUGUUCAUGCAUUGUGGGUUCAGCAGGGGUUGGAACAGCAACAGAAACAGAAGGUUGAUCGCCUUGACGAGGAAAUAAACCGGAAACUCCAUGCAUAUGGAAAGGCAGAAGACAAAGCACUCACGGUUACAUCUACCGUGCAACAGGGUGUUAAUGAGCACACUGGGCACCUGGAUGAGAAGAGAAAUCAGCUCGAAAUGUUGAGGCAAAAAGUCGAAAUCGAGAGAGAUAGACACCAAAGCAUCGUGCUCGAGACAGAACGGAUAAUCAUCAAGACACUUCAGGUAGGAUUCUCCUCAGUUUUUGAGUCCCUGGCAGAAUUUUCAAGAGCUACCGCCAAAGUUUAUGCUGAUCUCGUCACAUUAUCUCAUAAUGCACGCUAACGUCUAGAUUUGGCUCGCCUCAUUUACCAGAACAAAAUGUCGAUAGUAUCAGUCGAGACUCGAGAAUGGUUUAAACUUGUAAAUAGAGUAGACACUUGGGGUCUACUUUAAAGUGAUGUAAAUGAAAAAAUUGAUGUAAAAUCAUGCCUAUUCAUAUCUUGUUUUACCUUUGAUUUACAAUA